AGUGUGCGUGCAAAGCCAAGGUGCCCGGACGUGAUAUCGUCAUGCAUGGAACCAAGGACAGCAGGGCGCAGGUUUUCGGGCACAACUAGAAGCAAUGGGGGACCAUCAGCCGAGUAAUUUUUUUUUUGUACAGCAAACCAUUACGAAAAGUAAACGGUGUUGUUCCAGCCGGCUCACGUGCAGCUGCCCGUUGGGAUCUCAAGGUCGCAACCUUCGUGGCACGCAACGUCUAUCCACUACAACGUUCGCAAGCAGCGCCGAAGUGCACCCAAACAGUUCGUGCGAAUCCGCAAUGCGAAAACGUCGACGCAGCGCUGCCACGAGGAGGAAGAACGCGCUGGACGUUUGUCGAGCAGGGCGAAAACGUCCGGCGUAAGAAGAAGAGGAGGAAGAAGACGAAGAAGGACGAGCCUCGCCAUGGAGCAGCGUUCCUCUGGAACUCCGGCGAAGACCGCGAAAGGUGCGACGGCCCAACGAAAAUCGAGACACAGUCGUCGCACCGGUUCGCCCGCCCAGAAAGCCUCGAAGCCGAAAAAGCACCGGCAACCGGCUGGGCAGCCGGCUGCGCUCGACGCGAGUGCGCCCACCCAGCUCGCACCCGCCGCCCAAGACAGCCCCGCGGACUCCCGCCCGGGUCCUUCGCCCAAGCGUAGCGAUUCCAUCGGCAGCAACUCGCUGGCUCGCAUGAAAGACCUGGCCCUGAUUGGCCGGGAAGACCAGCGUCGCCCCUCCGAGUCGUCGUGGCGGCGUGCGAAGGUGGCGGGGCUGUCGUGCGCCCGCACCGCGACUCCACUCUGUGUCUUUUGUGUGGCGCUGGUCGGUGCCGGCCUGCUCACCGCCUUGAUCCUCGGCUCGUCAGCGACGCGCAAGGCCCGUCAGAUGGCCUUCCAGUACAAAGGCUGCACGACCAGAGGCUGCCAGGAGCACUUGGAGCACCUGUCCAAUACCCUCAACAAGACCGUAGACCCGUGCAGGGACCCGAUGGCCUACGUGUGCGACAAAGUGCGCUGGCGGAGCGAGAUCGUAUCGGACGCGCUCACCGACACGCUGGUGCGCUGGUACGAGCUCGGCGCCACCUUCCUCGAAAAGCAGCGAAGACCAUCGCCUGCGUCGGCGCUGUACCAGGGUUGCGUCUCUCGGAAGGGCCACACCUACGAGCGCCUCGAAGAGGUUCUGUCGUUCCUCAGGGACCGCGGACUGCACUGGCCCCAACGGGUGACAGGCGUGGGCGCCACCAAGCACGCCCUGAACGUCAUCCUCGACCUCCUCAUCAACUGGGGCGUGCCCUUCUGGCUCGAGAUAAGCCUGAAACAACUGCCCGGCGACACCAGGUACAGCCUACACAUGGCCUACAGCGAGGUCAGCCUCCACCGCGCUAAGUGGGUCAACUACUCCAAAGCGCGCGGCAAGCGGCUGGAAUACGUGCGCACCAUGUACAGACUGUACGAGGCCGGAGACACGCCGCUGGCCCAGUUGCGGGACCUGGUGGCCGACGAGGACGCGUGGGUUCGCGCCGUCACCGAGGGCAUCGCGAGCUCCAACCGCGUCAUCAUGAAGCUGCGGUUAGCCCACCUCGACCAGCUCACUCCGAACGUGAGCAGCCACCGCUGGCUGGACUACCUGAAUGAACACCUGCCUCUCACCGGACGACAAUCUGCUUCUCGUCGACAAGAUUGUGAGCACCGUGACCAACAACAUCUUCGAGAGGUUCAGCAACGCAGCCAUCUUGGAGCAGGUCGCGUGGCGCUUCAUCGAGGACUACUCGUACGCCAACGCGUACGCCGCCGCCGUCGCCACGUUCGGCAACAAAGAAGCCGUGGCUCGCUUCAGGCCCCGCAAAUGCUACUCGUUCACCGAGAGCCGCUUCCAGAAGUGGCUUUUCGUGUGGAGGGUCGGUGAACAGCUGCAGCCGCCCUUGCUGAGCACCGUCAAAGCCAUCUUCGAAGACUUGCGCAACACCACCCAGCGGCUGCUCUCUGACGCGGCGCCUUGGAUAGAUCCGGCCGCCCGAAUCGAGGCGGUGGCCAUAUCGCAGCGGUU